AUAUGCUUUCUUUUAGAACAAUAAAGUUUACAUCGGCGGAGAAUUUGCAAGAGACCUGACCAACGAAGAAAUCCGAGAAUUGCAGGAAUAUGCUCAAGCAGUUACUGAAUACGAAAGAUAUGUUUCAGCUGAAUUGGAGCAGAGAUUGCAAUCGAUGAGAGAAGUGUUCAGAAAUAUCGGCUCCUACAGAACAUCAAGACAAGGCGAAAUUGCGGAUACCACAACGGCAACUACACUUGCUCCAGUUUCUGUUCCAAAUCCUCCAAACUUCUGCAUCAGUUUCAGCUAA